AUGUCUCGCUGCUGCCCCUGCCCCUGCGCGAGUCCCUCCUCCACCACCGGGCCCUUCCUCCUCGUUUCCAUCCCCGCCGCUUCUUCCAGGAGCGGCGGCGGUGGCUCUGCUGUGGGUCGGAGCAGGCUGCGGUGGGGAGGCGGGCCGAGGCGCGGGCACGCGACAGUCGCGGCGGGCAGCAAGGACGACGGGAGCGGCACGGCGGAGGGGGAGAAGGGAGAAGACGACGCCCCGGCGUUCAAUCCGUUCGGGUUCGUGACGGACAACCCCUCCAGCCGCAGCGCCAUCCAGCUCCCCGCGGUUCCCGCCGAGGACGGCAAUGUCGGCCAGAUGCUCUACAGGAUCGAAGACAAGGGCAGGGAGUACGGUUCGUAUGUCAGAGCAGGAGAGUUUCGAUGGUUCGUCAGGGAAACAGGGUCACCUGAUGCACGACGUGGGACUAUUGUGUUCCUUCACGGAGCUCCUAGUCAAUCAUUUAGCUACCGCGUGGUUAUGGCUCAGAUGGCAGAUGCUGGCUACCACUGCUAUGCACCUGACUGGAUCGGAUUUGGGUUCAGUGAAAUGCCACAACCUGGAUAUGGAUUCGACUUUAAAGAGGACGAAUUCCACAAGGCAUUUGAUGAUCUUCUUGGUACUCUAAAUAUCACCGAGCCCUUCUUCUUAGUUGUCCAGGGCUUUCUUGUUGGUUCUUAUGGGCUGACAUGGACACUGAAUAACUCAAGCAAAGUCCUUAAGUUAGCAAUCCUUAACAGUCCACUUACAGUUUCUUCUCCAGUCCCUGGAUUGUUUCAGCAGCUAAAGUGGCCACUGUUUGGUGAAUUUACUUGUCAAAAUGCUGUUUUGGCUGAGCGUUUCAUUGAAGCAGGUAGCGCAUAUAUGCUGAAAUUGGAAAAGGCUGAUGUAUAUAGGUUACCGUAUCUAUCCAGUGGUGCUCCUGGAUUUGCUUUGCUUGAAGCUGCCAGGAAGAUCGAUUUCCAAGAUGUACUAAGUAGAAUUUCGGCCGGAUUUUCAUCCAACGGUUGGGAAAAACCAAUACUGCUUGCAUGGGGAAUAUCUGACAAGUACUUACCAUUGUCGAUAGCUGAGGAAUUCAAGAAAGCUAAUCCCAGCGUUGUAAAACUAGAGGCGAUAGAAGGAGCUGGUCAUAUGCCACAAGAGGACUGGCCGGAGAAGGUUGUGAAGGCACUGAUAUCCUUCCUGUAA